AUGUCACCACCUCUGGACACGACGGCACCUGCACCAAGAUUUGGGAAGAAGCCUUGGGAUGAGGCGAACAGUGCCUAUCCCACCCCCGCCGAAACUAAUAGUACUAUAUACCUGGCGCUGAAGUAAUUAUCCUGGUCGUUUGCUAAUUUUAAUGUGUUCAUUUCUAGAUCCCGCCCCCGCUGCCUUGACUGCUCGAAAGAGGGCACCGGUGACUUCUCGUGCGGAGCCCAUAUUGUUGGAUGUGGAUACUAUCGAUUUGACUGGUGAGGGCGAUCAAGACGGCCCGCCCUCCCGAGCCACUACAUCUGAACCCCCACGGGGUUCGGGAAGCUCUGGAAAAACAAGACACGAGUCCCGGCUUGAUGCUCGAGAUUCCUCUGCUCGUGCAAGAUCGAGCGCCGCCAGACCAAAGAGGCUUACGCCCCGGCUUAUGGGAGAUGACGUUCCAGAGGAGGAUUACGGCUCGCCCGGGAAUGAAGCUGAAUGGCUGCUUCACGAAGAAUCAUUGAGGGCGAAUGAGGUUGCUCAAACGCGCCGAAAAAAGAGGAAUAGUGAUGAGUUUCAGGGGGAUGCUGUGUCGUCUGGGGAAACCCUACCUACUCCUAUCGUUGCAAAGGUCCCCAAGGUUGGUCGAGAGAAUAGUGCCCGAGCUGGUAGCGUGCAGUCAUCUAGGGGUAGGAUUGAGGUUCCGGAUGGCCACUUAAGUACGGAGCAUCAUCCGCCAGUGCCCCAUCCAAUUUUUAACGACGAGCCACCACCUCCUUACUCGCCUGUUCGGUCUCAAUUACGGGAGUCACCCUAUCCGGAUCUCAACAGUCGGAACUCUCCUAUACCCCGUCAACGGUCCCCACUAAGACCUGUUGUUAAAUUCUCGGAAAGGCCCGUCGUUCCCAGGCUUGCAUCUCGUCUUGGGGCACCGGGUGCCUCUGCGCCCGCACAACUUGAGGUCACAGAGGAGCGGGAGGAAGAGGAGGAGGAAGUGAUCACACACAGCAAGAAGAGGACCGUGAGAAUUACUAGAAAGUGUGGAGCGGUGUCUGCAGCUGGAGGUCGUCGAGAUGGCCGACGGGUUAUUCCAGACUCGGACGAUGAGGAUGACUGUGAUGAAGGUGUGCCGAUACCUGGGAUUAUUGAGGUUGGUGAUGACAGCGUCACGGAGCUGGUGGAUCAUAGGGCGCUCGGUCCUCAAGAGAAAGAGGAGGAGCUGGAGGAGGAUGAUUAUGGAUUAGGUGAUGUGGACUUUGGCGAGGUUGUGGAUCAAAUGGACUCAAGCUUUAACUAUAGAGGGUCCGGUGUUGCCUCUAGUAACCACGAACCAAGGAGGUCACCCCGACGCCGGAAUGCUGUUAAGCAGCCUUCUCCUUUACAGAUAGAUUCUCCUACAAGGCUAAGGUCACCUAGCCCUCUUAAGAAGAGUAAACGACCUAAAUCUCCACUACCAUCAACUCCCCGUUCCGAAAAAAUAAAAAAGACGAAGAAAAGUACCGAUGGAGAUGACUUCGAGGGGUUCAGUCUAACCCGAUUAAAAAACAGGUUGGAGUCUCUCAAAGCUCAAGGGUUCGAUAAUGCGAACCGGAUGGUGGAAUUUUUUAAUCAAGGUGCAACUCCUCCCCAGGAUCUUAUCCAACAGAACUCUGCUGUACGGGAAAAGAUUGCGCUGUGCGAGGCCCGAAUCAGGGAAUUGGAGGCUAGUGAUACAGAAAUGUAUGAGAGCGCAUCUGUUCGGGAAUAUUCCUACGAAUCACCUUCCCCGUCUAGGAAGCGGACCACUCAUACUGGGGCCACGCUUGUGCCUGAAACGCCAACCCGAAAGCGGGGACAGAAGGUUCGGCUGGGGGAUGGUGAUUCCGGAGGGGGGUGCAUUGGUGGAUCUCAAAUCGUCCAGCAGACUCAGUUUGUUCCUGGAAGUCCAUCCCGAAGGCGGAAAUUGCAUGACCAACCUCGGGAUGUAUCGGGACCGGAGAAUUGGCAAGCACAAAAUCAUCCGCUAAAGAAGGGCCAAGGCUCUGAUCAAUUUGCUAUGAACAUCUCCUCUCUGCCGCCGCAAGCUAGACCUUGCAAUAUGCCUUCUAUGAGGCCUCCGGAAUCCCCUCCACCGAUGGAACCUCCUGAAGACUGGGAGGAAGAAUAUGGUGAGGCUCCAGCGCCGGCGAUACAGAGUGAUGAGGAUUAUGGUAGCGAUAUAGAUGCAGCCGAUUUCGGCAUCAUGAUAAGCGAUGAUGAGCCUGAGGUCGCAGCUGUCCCAGGGCCCAAGCUUCGACAGCCGUUGGCCAGCACGGCUGCUAACUCGCCGCCUAUGAAAAACAUAAAUCAGGUUCUGGGGAAGCCACAGCAGAUGAGGCAUGCCCAGGUAGCUCAAUUACAGGCAGGCGCGAGAAUGCACGUUCAGCGGUCUUUAACCGUGGAUAUGAGCGAUCCAGCAAUGAGGCAUGGAUGGUCUCGUGAUGUUGCCGAUGCUCUCAGACGACGUUUCAAUCUUAGGGGAUUCCGGAACAACCAACUCGAAGCUAUCAAUGCAACAUUGGCUGGCGACGACGUCUUCGUAAUUAUGCCAACUGGAGGAGGAAAAUCGCUCAUCUAUCAGCUUCCAGCUAUCGUAAGAUCUGGGAAGACACGCGGUGUUACCAUCGUGGUUUCUCCACUGCUAUCACUGAUGCAGGAUCAAGUUGACCAUCUCCAAAAGUUGAAUAUUAUGGCUUUCUUCAUCAACGGGGAAAUUAGCGAAGACCAACGUCGACUACUCUAUGACUCCUUGCAUGAUGAGGAUGUUGAAGAGAUGAUCCAGUUGCUCUAUAUAACUCCGGAAAUGAUUGCCAAGAGUGACAAAAUGCUCAAUACACUUCUUAGCUUACACAGAAGGGGAAAACUGGCCAGAAUUGUGGUUGAUGAAGCUCAUUGUGUUUCCCAAUGGGGGCAUGACUUUAGGCCUGAUUACAAGACCUUGGGUAACUUGAAGUCGAAGUAUCCCGGUGUUCCUUGGGUCGCCUUGACUGCAACGGCUACCGAAAAAGUGCGGAUGGAUGUUCAGUUGAACCUGGAUAUGCCACGAGCGAAGACUUUUACCCAGAGCUUCAAUCGGCCGAAUCUGAACUAUCAAGUUUCACCCAAGACGAAGAAUGUUCUGGACGACAUAGUCGAAAUCUGCCAACGACCCGAGUACCUCAAUAAAACCGGAAUCAUUUACUGUCUCUCGCGCCGAAACUGCGAACAAACCGCGCAGAAGCUUAGAACACGUGGUAUACGGGCCCAACACUUUCACGCGAAACUCCAAGCGGAUGAGAAGAUUCGAUUGCAGAAGGAUUGGCAGGCGAGGAGGUUCAAUGUUAUCGUUGCUACCAUUGCCUUCGGAAUGGGAAUUGAUAAGCCGGAUGUGAGGUUCGUCAUACAUCAUACGAUUCCUAAGAGUUUGGAGGGUUAUUAUCAGGAGACCGGGCGUGCUGGGAGAGAUGGUUUGCCCAGUGGGUGCUUCUUGUUCUAUGCCUAUCCGGAUACCUCAACCUUGUACCGGAUGAUCGAGGGCGGUGAAGGAAGUCGCGACCAGAAGCGUAGGCAGAUGGAAAUGUUGCAGAUGGUGGUGCAAUACUGUGAGAACAAGGCAGAAUGCAGAAGAGUGCAAGUCCUGCGAUACUUUGGUGAAAGGUUCCCUGAGCAGGAGUGCCGUAGCAGUUGCGAUAACUGUGCGUCUGGGAUAGAGUUCGAGACCCAGGACGUCAGUGAUUAUGCGAGGGCUGCUUUGGAAAUCGUGGGCCAGACAAGCGAAAAAACCAUGUUGUUUUGCAUGGACGCCUUCAGAGGUAGUGCCAAUAAGGCGCACAAGGAUGCAAAAAGCGAGAAGAUGCGAGGGUAUGGAUAUGGGAAGAGUUGGGUGAGGAGUGACUGUGAGAGGUUAUUUCAUCAUCUGGCUGGCGAGGGUGCAAUAAUUGAAGAACAUGUCAAGAAUGGUGCCGGAUUCUAUGUUAGCUAUGUCAAGGUAGGUUCGGUUUGGAUCUAAUGGUAGGUCUGUGAGGCUGACAUCUGUUUUCGCAGCUUGAUAAUCGUCGGGCCCAGCCAAUCUUGAAAGGCAAGAGGAUUGUGAGCAUGUGCUUCCCAAAAAGCGCGUUUGGGUCUGCCGACAAACUGAAAACAUCAGCCUCUGCCUCGUACUCGUCGACAACCGUAACGGGAUCGAUAUCCGAAUUGCAAAUGCAGUCUACCAAUGUUUCGUCGCCGCCACGAAAUGCUAGGGAAGCUCCUACUCGAAAGAGGGGGUUACGGGAGGCUAGUUCACUCAGUCGCCAUUUCAUAAAUGGGUAUGAAAAUGAUGGUUUUGUUGUCGAUGACGAUGAGGAUGACGAAUAUGGUCCUUUGCCUGACAUACCUGAUGACUUUGGGUUUAUGCCAGUAAGGGAUCGUGGGAGGUCUGGUGCUGCUACGAGAGGAUCCAAUAGGGUUGGAAGGCCAAUCAGAGAGGAUCCUGAACUUGCCGGGCUGUCGGAAUAUGAGAAGGAUGUCCUUAAUAGAUUCAUGGAAGAUGCUAGGAGAUUGCGGGCGAAGAUCAUGUGUCGCCAGGGCUGGGAGCGCGUUGAAUCCGUACUGGAGGAUAGGCAGAUGAGGACCAUUGGGAUAAGGCUUCCGACAGGCAUGUUUAUUUGUCCUAUAGUCAUAUUUCCCAUUGCUAAUUUGGGUAAUGUCUAGAUCGCAAGUCUCUUGAGGCCGCCGUCACCUUCCCUCCAGAGGGGAUGAAGCUUUUUGGAGGCGAUUUUCUUCAGCUCUCGAGGGGGUACGCGGAAGAGAAGCGCGAGAAUCUUGAAGGCGCAGAUCUCUCUCGAGUCGUACCGAGCGAUGGUGAAGAAACCUGUUCUGAUGAGUCCGACUACUCGGACGAUGGUGGGGAUUACGGCGAAGACGCAGGCGAAGCAUCAUCGUACUUCCCCCAAACGAGCCGAGGAGGAGCAGGAGCAGGAAGAGGAGGGGGCUCCGCAAGUGCCGCAAACUUUAGACCUCCCGGAAUGUCCGAGCUGCAAAUGAGUCUCAUGACACAAGGUAUCUAACCAACAUACAUGAUAAAUCUUGGGGAAUGCGGAACGCUAACUAAACAAUAGUCAAGAACAAACAAGUAGUCACUACUGCGUCCAGUAGCAAGUCAACAUACUCGUCAACCACACGUGUUCGAAAAGGCGGACGAGGCGGAUUCCGUAGCUCGAAGAGGUAUUCCGGUGGAAGGAAAAGUUUCAGCGGCGGCGGAGCAUCACAAGCUGGCACUCGGGGGUCGCGUGGCGCCGGCUCUCGGAGUACUAGAGGUGGUGGCAGUAACAAGUCUUCUAGGCCUACGAAGGCAAGCCGAGGCACUGGUACGGGUGGAGGCGGGAGCGGCUGCGGCGAGGCAAGUGGUGACGCGCUUAUUAGACCAAUGUUUUAG